AUGAAGUUCCUCUACAUGAUCACUCUGGUGGCUGGCGCGACCGCUAUCGCCAUUGAGCCGAGACACCACCAAGGAAAGGGCAAGGGCGGCAAGGGCAAGGCGGUGGAGGUGCUGGAGCUGCAGGCGGUGCGGCAGGUGGUGCAGAUGCUGCGGGCGGAAAUGCUGCGGGCGGAAAUGCUGCUGGCGGUGCUGGCGGCGGUGCUGGCGGCGGCCUUGCCGCGCUUCUCGGUGGAGCAGCAAACUGAGCUUUGA